GUCAAAAUCAAUGCGCGCAGAAACGUGAGACGUGACUCGCAGAGCUCCGGGAAUUCGGCUUCUGACGACCAUUUUGAAUUAUUUGGCAGUGGGGGUUCAGACCUUUCUGAAGACGAAAAUUUAUUUGACGACAGGCAACAGUCAUACACUUAUGCAUCGGGGAGCAGCGUGAGCUUGGAGACAGGUAACUACAGGGAAACCAUGGCGCGGGUAGAGGCGGCGCCGUUGCUGGGCUCGGCCCAGCCGCCAUAUAAGAGUAUCACACACAGUCCGGACCCGACAAACACACUUUACGAGUAUAAGAAGAAAAUAGAUAAUUCAAUCAAUGUUGAAUCGAAAAAACAAAGUUCUUUAGUUACAAUUUUUUCAGUAUGGAACACAGUGAUGGGCUCUUCCCUGCUAACCAUGGCUUGGGGAGUGGAGCGUGCUGGUCUGCCAGCAGCGCUGGUGCUGGUCGCGUUGAUGGCGGCCUUGUGUCUAUACACCGCGUAUGUUCUGCUUCGAGUCAACAAGCAUCAUGGUACAGUGACCUGUGAGGUCCCAGCUCUAUGCCUGUCCCUCCUCGGGCCCUGGGCGGCGCGCGUGGCACAUGGAUUCAGUCUCCUAGUCCUCCUGGGCGCCAACGUAGUGUACUGGAUCCUGAUCACCAACUUCCUCUAUUUCACUGUUAACUAUUUAGCGGACCUCUCCAGUCCAAACGCGACCUAUCCAACAGCGCUGCUCUGCCCAAAGCAAGGUGGCGUCAACGGCUCCCUGUUAAUACCCGAGCCCCACGACUCCAGUUACUGGGGGCUCCACACCACGGUGCCUUUUUACGUGGCACUACUCGUUUUCCCACUGCUCAAUUUUAGCAACGUGUCUUUCUUCACCAAGUUUAAUUCACUGGGAACUCUUUCUGUGGUCUAUCUGCUGAUCUUCGUGAUAGUAAAAGGCUGGGGUUGGGGCAUCAACGUAGCCCCGACGCCCGGGGAGCUCCCCGCCAGCACGGACGCGGCUGUCUUGAGUGGCAUGCUGGCGCUGUCGUUCUAUAUCCACAAUAUCAUCAUCACUAUUAUGAGUAAUAAUGAACGGCAGGAAAAAAACGGCAGAGAUUUGACGAUAGCAUUUGUGCUAGUAACCAUGACGUACCUCUUAGUGGGCGCAGUAUUUUACAUAUGCUUCCCUCUUGCCAAGUCCUGCAUUGAAGAUAAUAUACUAAAUAACUUCGAAAUGCACGAUACAAUGACUGCAGUGGCGCGGGCGCUGCUGCUAUUUCAAGUAAUAACCGUGUACCCACUCGUCGCCUUCAUGCUUAGAUCCGAAGCGCUCCUUCUUCUACCAAUCAGUAACAUAAAUAAAUCACGCACCAGAUACACUGUUGCCAUUAAUGUGGUAAUUGUAUCAAUGUGCGUCGCUGUCGCCUGCCUGUGUCCUAACAUAGGGACGAUUAUUAGAUACACGGGAGCCAUAAGCGGCCUGGUGCACGUGUUCGCGCUCCCCGCCGUCCUGCGCGUCCGCUCGCUGCAGCUGCGCGGCGAGCUGACGCGCGGGAAGCUGCUGCUGUACUGCCUUAUUGUCGUGUUUGGAGUCGUCAAUUUGGUCAUGCAGUUUUUUAUUAAGGAGUGAUAUUCAAUAUAGCCGUGCGUGGCAGCUGUUGGCGCAGUUAGUUGACCGAAGCGUUCGCGAAACCGAGCACAUUGUUUUCAUAUGUCCAGAUAUUCUCCUCUACAGGUCGCAAUUCUCAACCGAUUCUCGUGAAAUUUUGUGACCAGUUUCUAUAAUGAAAUAGGUUUUUUUUGUCAAUUCAGUUUUUGGAAUAUUUUCAAAAGCGUAAUUUGGCAUAAAGGACUUAAGCACCAAUAGGGUAUAUGACGCUUAAGAAGAUUGUGAGUUCACUGUGAUAAUAGUCAUUCCCACGUAAUCCCACGAACUAAGUAUUUUUCACUUUAACAUUUUCUAAGCUUAUCCACUAGUUAGUUUUGCUGGGAAUUUUCCGCAAAUCGAAAACCACUGUGCCUAUUUUUCAUGACAAAUGAGGUAACGGUAUAUUUGUACCUUCACCUUGUAUUGUGCAAUAAAUAUUAAAUAAAUAAAUAACGGUACUCUAGCCACCCCAGCUCCUUCAGGAAACCUAGGAAUGUCUUCAGGUUGCUAACUGCCUAAUUUGGUGUGCACGGAGUCCCUAGGUAUCUGAUUUGUUAUCGCAGUACAGUCGCUAUCGGAUAUAUUGGAGCGGUCAAGUUGGUCAAAAAUAUCUGAACAUGCAGUGUUUGUGUAGGUAUGUUUGUAUUUAUGUAGUUCAUAAGUAAUUAGUUUGCUAUUCUUUUUAAUUCUUUGAUUUUGUUUUCUCUCUCUGCACCAAUUGUAGGUAUCUCUGUUUGGCCCUAUGGUUGACUGGUAGAGAAUGCCUUUUGGCACUGAAACCGUCAUUUGUACAUUGUUGUAUAUAUUUCGUGCAAUAAAGUUUCAAUAAUGAAAGAAUAUGGAUAAAAAACUUAGAAAAUAUUCCAUCUAGUCAUAUUCUUUAAAAUAAAGGUCGUGUUUUGUGUUGAUAAAAUAAAACCUCCAUUAAACAUA